GUAUUACCUCCAAAAUGACUUCUCCAAUACAAGCCCCGUACUCAGAGCUCCCAGAUUCCAUCAGAAUCAUCCUAACCCUCCUAACAAUCCUCUCCAUCACCAUCCAACUGUACACCCUUUGGACCAAAAAAUCCAGUAAAGGCAUUUCCCUCAACUACACUCUCUGUCUCCUCCUCGUCGCCACCUCCCACCUCACCAAAGAAACAUACAUGACCCUCAAUGUCCCUGAAUCCGCAGCCGGCCAAUUCACCCACGACCCGCUUAACACCGGCGACUGGUUAAAUUUUAUACAAGUUCUAGUUACUUGGAUUUUAUUCCUUUUUCUUUUCAUCUUAUCCCUCUACUUCCGCCCCGAUCCCCAGCCCCACCUCCACCCCAGAACCAGAACCAGAACCCCAUACACCCCCACCCCCAUCUACAUCCUAACCCUCCUAGCAACUCUCCUCUCCUCCCUCCUCCCCCUCCUCCUCGACCUCCUACACCUAACACCAGCGACUCUCCCCUGGCCCCGCACCGACAUCCUCGAAGCGUUCGUCGCCAUCCACGCCAUCCUUCUCACCCCACUCGCUAGCUUUCUCGGCGUGUAUGCGUUCAUUUUACAGAGCAGACAGCGCAAGGAUCUGUGUGCGGAUGAUUCAGCGCUGAGUGUGGUAGGGUUGAUGGCUCAGAGUAUCGUGUUUGGGCUUGUUGCGUUAAACAAGAGGUAUAAGAACUGA